AUGUCAGACGGCAACCGCAUUCAGAUUGCCAUUGACCGAGGCGGUACAUUCACAGAUUGCCUCGGGCGCAUUCCACCCAGCUCCCCUGACCAAGAACCUACCGACAUUGUCAUCAAGCUUCUCUCCCACGACCCGGCCAACUACAAAGACGCUCCCACAGAAGGUGUUCGCCGCAUCCUCGAACAGGCCUACAAGACCGACAUUCCGCGAGGUCAAAAGAUCGACACCUCCAACAUCGACUACAUCCGUCUCUCCACCACCGUAGCUACCAACGCACUUCUCGAACGCAAGGGCGAACGGCAUGCACUCGUCAUCACAAAGGGAUUCAAAGAUUUGGUGCAGAUCGGCAAUCAGAGCAGACCGAGUAUCUUUGACCUCGCCAUCAAGAAGCCAGAGGUGCUGUAUGAAGGCGUGCUGGAGGUCGAUGAGCGGGUGACGUUGGUAGGGUACACCUCGGAUCCACGUGCUAGGGAGAACGCGGUCCAAUUCGAUCUUGACUCGAAGCAAGAGGGUGACUAUAUCACCAAGAUCAACGAGCCAUACAAAGGGACUGAUCAGCCACCAAAUGCCUACGAUGCCCAAGGAAAGCCCACUGGUCCACCAGAGAUCGUGCGAGGCAUCUCCGGCGAGGCAGUCGCCAUCCUCAAAAAGCCGGACCAGGAGCUUAUAAGGAAACAGCUUCACGCCCUCUACCAUGAACAUGGCUAUCGAUCUCUCGCCGUCGUUCUCAUGCACAGCUACACCUACCCUCUCCACGAACAGAUCAUCAAGAAGAUCGCGCUCGACGUCGGCUUCGACACCGUCAGCUGUUCGAGCCAAUUGAUGCCCAUGAUCAAGAUGGUCCCUCGUGCAACAUCCUCCACCGCCGACGCCUAUCUCACGCCUGUGCUGCAAGCUUACAUCGACGGCUUCUUCUCCGGCUUCGAGGACUCGCUGAGGAGCGGUGAAGCGGGAACCAAAGUCGAGUUCAUGAUGUCCGACGGUGGCUUGACGUCCGUAGACCACUUUUCCGGGCUCAAAUCCAUCAUCUCCGGUCCAGCGGGAGGUGUUGUCGGUAUGGCAUUGACGAGUUACGACAAGGAGGACAAACGACCCAUCAUCGGUUUCGAUAUGGGCGGUACGUCGACCGACGUUUCUCGGUACGACGGACAGUAUGAACAGGUGUUCGAAACGACACUGGAUGGUAUUACGAUCCAAAGCCCGCAGCUUGAUGUCAACACGGUUGCUAGCGGUGGUAGUUCGCGGCUGUUCUUCAGGAAUGGGUUGUUUACCGUGGGGCCUGAAUCGGCAUCCGCGCAUCCGGGACCUACGUGCUAUCGUAAGGGUGGACCGUUGGCGAUUACCGAUGCGAAUCUCGUCACGGGUAGGUUGGCGGUCGAGAUGUUCCCAAAGAUCUUUGGUCCGGACGAAAAUCAAGGUUUGGACGAGGAGGCUUCCCAACGAGCGUUCGAAGAGCUUACCGAGGAGAUCAAUUCCAGUUCGGAACGCAAGUUGUCCGUCGACCAAGUGGCGCAAGGGUUCAUCCGAGUUGCGAACGAGAUCAUGUGUCGACCCAUCCGAGCGCUCACGGAGGCUCGAGGGUACAGUGCAUCCAAGCACAUCCUGGCGAGUUUCGGAGGUGCAGGUGGACAGCACGCUUGUUCCCUGGCCAGGUCGUUGGGGAUCAAGACGGUGAUAGUCCACAAGUAUUCGAGCAUUCUGAGUGCCUACGGUAUGGCGUUGGCGGAUAGGGUGUUUGAAGAGCAAGAGCCGUGUUCCGAGACGUGGGAGGGAGAAGGUUCCGGUUCGCAGAAGAGGAUCUCCAAGCGCGUGGACGAGUUGCGAUCCAAAGUGAGCAAGGAACUGGAAGCACAAGGUUUCAAAGGCGAUAGGAUCCAACUGCAGACACUGUUGAAUCUGCGAUACGAGGGAACGGAUACAGCGUUGAUGACCUUGCAACCCGAAAACGGUGGUUGGGACUUUGAACGAGUCUUUAUCGACAAGUACAAGCAGGAAUUCGGUUUCGUCCUCGAAGACAAAAACAUCAUCGUCGACGAUAUCAGAGUCAAAGGCAUCGGCAAAAGCUUCGACUCAUUGGGUCAAACCGUACUCGAAGAAUACCGUCAACUCUUCACCGACAAAAAAGCCGCCAACACUGAUGCAGCGCACAAAGUGGAUCCUCUGGCGGUGAGAAAAGUCUACUUCGACCAAGAAGGAAGACUCGACACCCCCAUCAUCAAGUUGGACAGGCUCGAAAAGGGUACCACCAUCAACGGUCCGGCCAUCUUGGUCGAUCAAACCCAGACCAUCUUGCUCGAACCACAGUGCAGAGCGCACCUCACUUCACAGGCUGUACUCAUCGAUAUCCUGUACGACUGA